AUGCAAAUGUGGCACACCCAAAACGGACAUACAUGUGACUGUGAGGAUAACCAAAUUCAAGAACGCCGUCGUUUGAUCAAAUGGCGAAUUGCUUGGCUACCACCUACACCAUCAGUCGAAUGCCAAUGUGGUGCUAUCAAAGGUCCCUCAGAUAACCUCGUAUGUGUUACGAUUUGUGGCUGUGCUUGCUUGUAUUAUUACAUGCUGUUGAUCAAGCCACAGAAUUCUACAAGCUGCCAGAAAAAAAAAACUCAUGAUCAAAUCCUCAUUGCAGAAAAAUUUCGUGCCAAGAGACAAACCCGCCCUCACCACAUCCCGCCGCCCCUUAGAGAACGUGUCCCUGGUGAUCCGCUCCCAAUUCUGGUGCCUCUUAGUCAUUCUAAAACCCGUUUUCCCCCACUGGGGUUUUUUACGUGCUCUCUUACUUUUUAUUAUAUUCAAUUAAUCGUUGGCUCUCAUUGGGUCGUCUAA